UAACUACGGAGGAAAGCACGUGACUGUGGGCAAACCUGUCGUGGGGGGAUAUUUUUUCGUCGGCGGUCGAAAUGAGUAGGUAGGAUGAAUAAUAUCGGUGUACAUAAUUGUAAUGUGUAACGCGUAAUCGUCGUGUCCAUAACAGGACAUUUCAGUGCACACUGCAGACGCCUUGACGUAUAAUUGUUGAACUAACAAUAAUAUCGCAACGAGUGACACGAUGGAACGGUGGAGGGGCAAAGUGGCAAUAGUUACUGGUGCCAGUGCUGGAAUCGGGGCGGCGAUCGUGGUCAAGUUGGCGGAAAGCGGCGUGCACGUCGUGGCGCUCGCCAGGAGAGAAAACUUACUCAAGGAAUUAGCUGAAUCUUUGACUCAUAAAGACUACGGGACUGUUUAUACAAAGGUAUGCGAUGUCACUAACGAACAAGCUGUAAUAGAUGUUUUUUCAUGGGUAGAUUCAACACUAGGAGGUCUCAGUAUUUUAAUUAACAAUGCUGGAGUUUCAAAACUGUCAAGCCUUUUAAACGGAAAACUGGAGGAUUGGCAAGAAACAUUUAAUCUCAAUGUUUUGGCAUUAAGCGUGUGCUCGAGAGAAGCUUACAAAUCAAUGACGAAACAUAAAAUCGAUGGUCACAUCAUUCAAAUAAAUAGUAUCUCUGGUCACAAGUUAACUCCGAAUUUCGCGUUCAAAAUGUAUAACGCUUCAAAGCAUGCUGUCACGGUACUAUGUGAUGGACUUCGACACGAAUUACAAUUAACGGGAUCAAAAAUUAAAGUUUCGAGUGUUAGCCCAGGACCAACAGCUACAGAUAUGUUAGAAAAUAUCAUCAAAUAUGCCACAGAUGUAACGACUACGGCGGAUUUCAAAAUACUCAAUGCAGAGGACGUCGCGAAUGCCGUUAUCACCUCUUUGGCAACGCCGCCAAAUGUUCUUAUAGCUGAAAUGACUAUCAUACCAACUGGAUUUACAAUACAGAUGCAUUUACAACCCAGUUCUCAAGUCGUGGAAAAUUCAUUAAACUCAUAAUUUAUUAUUCUUAUAUUUGUUUUUGGUGAAUUGUGAGAAUAAAACUAAAUAGUUGUUGAAUUGUUUAAACGGUUAUGAAUCAUGAUCGAUUUUAUUGAUUACCUAUGGAUUAAUUAAUGAUUAUAAUAAAAUAUUAAAAUAUACAAA